UCAAGGCAGGCUGUGUACCCCAACAUAUCAUCACUCUUAUAUAUAAAGAUUGUCUUACGCUCCCGUCUACAGCAACAGUUUUGUAACAAACACACAGCCAGAAGUUUAAAAUGUCUUCUAUUCAAGAUCAGCUUCAACAAGCGGCCCACCAAAACGAGCAGCUGCUUCGUGGCCUCGAAGAAACCGACGCUGCCCCCUCACAGCUCAAGCAGCAAAAUGACUACAUAACCGACCUCGACUCUCAAAUCCAGAAAACAACAGGUCGGGUAAAAACACUAAAGGAUAAAGCAAAGGUCGAGCUCAAAGAACAUGAAAAGUAUCGCGACUCAACCUUUCGGCGUUUCGCCCACAAAGCAAGCGGCAAGAAGGAGAAGUUUGCUGAAAAGGCUGCCAAAGAAGAGAAAGACUAUUUCGACGCGAUACAAGAGCAAAAAAGCGCCGAAGACGAACUAGCAUACACCAAGCAACUGCGCGAUGAAGCCGAGAGGCGGAGACAAGAACUCUCCACCCAAGCCCAACGCUAUGAAAGUCUCCAAGCCCAACUCGAUGCCCUCUACAACUCCAUCUUCGCCGGCCACACACCCGAAUUUCCAGAUGAAGAUCGCAAAGAAGAGGCUUGCAAUGCCGCUCUCGCACACGUACAACAUAUAAGCCAGCGUCUCGAGCGCGAACGCCACAUCCUCUUCCUCCUAGGUCAAACCUCACUGAAGCUCUCCGCGGCCCGCACAUCCCUCGAGCACGCCUACGGCAUGAGCCAAUUCGACAUGUUCGGCGGGGGCACCAUGGCCAGCAUGCAAAAGCUCAACGAUCUCGAGCGCGCCGAAAGCGCCAUGGCCCAAGUCCGCAUGCUGCAAGACCAAAUCACACAGGUCGCGCCCGAAAUACCCACACUCGGCCAUCUCAACAUCGCCAGCGGCAGCAUCUUCUCCGACGUCGUCUUCGACAACAUCUUCACCGACAUGCGCAUGCACGAGGAAAUCAAAGACUCCAUCGCGCAGGUCGACCGUGCUGGAAAAGCCUGUGGCGAUAUCAUCCGCCAGCGCGAGCACCUCGAGCAUACUCUGCAGGCCGAAGUCCAGCAAGCUCAGACCCUGCUGCAGAGCGCGCGCCAUGACUUGCAGAAAGCGCGAGAGGAGGCGUUCAAGAGGGUCCUGCAUGGUGCUGCCGCGCCUCAGUUGCGUUCCAUACCCGUGGGUACUGUUGAGGCUCCUCCCCCCGAGUAUGCGCCGCCUGAUGGCUCACCGCCCGGGUACUCGGGCUAGGUAUGUAGCCAGGGGGCAACGUGUUGGGGGGGCGAUUAUGUGCAUAUGUGAUACUGGUAGGUACAAUGGCUAGAAUGCUUAAGUCUAAGGGAUUCUAGACUAGGGUUACUUGUACAUUAGAUAUAACGAUUCUCACGUGCUUGAUUAGACAGGGAGUGUAGUAUUCCAAUGACUCGGUUUAGCGGCUGCUACUACUACUAGUUAGCUCAAUUGUAUUUACAAAGCUUCUAGUGCAACGGUUGUUUGUUGUUCUGCAUGGGUGUUUCAUCUUUACUUAACACGCAUGAUCUUGUUUAUUUUUUCGUGAAUGGCCUUUGGUAUAUAUGUCCUUUUAUAUGUGGUGCACGGUUAAAAGAAACAUGAGCUUGGUC